AAAUGUUGGUGCAUUAACAAAAAUUUGCACAGACACAAAGUGUUGGUGCAUUAAUAAAAUUAGUUUAUACCAACACAAAAUGUUAGUACAAAGUGUGUUAUAAAAACUUUGGGUACAAAUAGCUUUAUCCUAACAUUUUUCUACCACAAAACAUUUCCCUUCUGAGUAACCGUCAUUCCCUACUGAAUUUUAACGCACUCCCAUGCCUCCGACGCUUCUUUGCUGCCGAGCACCACCGGCCGCGGCGGCUGACGGAGAGGUGGAGUCUCGAACUCAGCCUCUGCUGAAUCCCAAUUGCUACCGUCCCCUCCGUCGUUCUGCUUCCAAUAGCACUUCCCAAGUUGCCAUCGUCGGCUCCAAUAUCUGCCCUAUUGAAAGCCUGGAUUACGAGAUAAUAGAGAACGACUUGUUCAAGCAAGACUGGAGGACUAGACAGAAGUUUGAGAUAUUCCAGUACAUUUUCAUGAAAUGGAUUCUGUGUUUUCUCAUUGGAUUGAUUGUUAGUCUUGUUGGUUUCUGCAACAAUCUUGCUGUUGAAAACAUUGCUGGCAUGAAGUUUGUAGUUACUUCGAACAUGAUGCUCGCAAGAAAGUUCUUGGCUGCUUUUUUUGUGUUUGCAUCUGCCAAUUUUGUGCUGACAUUGUUUGCGAGUUUAAUUACGGCUGUUAUCGCACCAGAAGCUGCUGGCUCUGGUAUACCUGAAGUUAAGGCUUACUUAAAUGGUGUUGAUGCCCCAGCGAUAUUUUCUUUAAGAACCAUGUUUGUCAAGAUUGUUGGUAGCAUAUCUGCUGUAUCAUCAUCUCUUAUCAUUGGAAAGGCAGGUCCCAUGGUUCAUGCAGGUGCAUGCAUUGCAGCUAUAAUGGGUCAGGGUGGGUCCAAGAAAUACAGAUUAACUUGGAAAUGGCUGCAGUAUUUUAAAAAUGACAGAGACAGGAGAGAUCUCGUAACAUGUGGAUCGGCUGCUGGAAUUGCUGCUGCUUUCCGUGCCCCAGUUGGUGGCGUCUUGUUUGCUCUUGAGGAAAUGGCAUCUUGGUGGAGAAGUACUCUUUUGUGGAGAGCAUUUUUCACAACAGCUGUUUGUGCUAUUGUGCUUCGGGGCCUGAUUGAUGUGUGCCGGAGAGGUCAAUGUGGUCUGUUUGGUCAGGGAGGUCUCAUAAUGUUUGAUGUGACUGCAGCAAAUAUUUCAUAUCACCUUGUGGAUGUGCCUCCUGUUCUUGUUUUGGCUAUUUUAGGGGGCUUAUUGGGUUCUUUAUACAACCACAUACUUGAUAAAGUUCUCCAAAUGUACAAUCUGUUAAAUGGGAAAGGACUUGCUUACAAAAUUUUUAUUGCUUGCUUCAUGUCCAUUUUAACUUCUUGUCUACUAUUUGGAUUGCCAUGGUUAGCAACAUGCCAUCCUUGUCCUUUAGAUGCAUCAGAGCCUUGCCCCACGAUUGGUCGGUCUGGCAACUAUAAAAAAUUUCAGUGUCCUCCAGGUCACUACAAUGAUCUUGCAAGCCUGUUUUUCAACACAAAUGAUGAUGCGAUUAAAAACCUUUUCAGCAAGAACACAGAUUCUGAGUUCCACCAUCUAUCAAUGCUAGUUUUCUUUGUCACCUGCUUCUUCCUUAGUAUUUUUAGUUAUGGAGUUGUAGCUCCUGCGGGCCUCUUUGUACCUGUUAUUGUAACAGGAGCAGCUUAUGGGCGACUAUUUGGGAUGAUAGUAGGUGGACACUCAAACCUUAACCAUGGUCUCUUUGCAGUUCUAGGUUCUGCUUCUCUUCUUGGAGGAUCUAUGAGGAUGACGGUCUCAAUAUGUGUAAUUAUCCUUGAACUGACCAAUAACCUAUUGUUGUUGCCACUCAUAAUGCUGGUCCUUCUUGUAUCUAAAAUGGUGGCAGAUUUAUUUAACGGAAAUAUAUAUGACCUUAUAGUGCAAGCUAAGGGUUUCCCAUAUUUAGAAGCACACGCUGAUCCAUAUAUGAGGCAACUUAAGGUUGGUGAUGUGGUCACAGGCCCACUUCAAUUUUUCCAAGGCAUCGAGAAGGUCAAAAAUAUCGUUCAUGUCCUAAGAACCACAGGGCAUAAUGGGUUUCCAGUGGUAGAUGAGCCUCCGCUCUCUGAAUCCCCAGUUUUGUUUGGUUUGAUCCUCCGGGCCCAUCUCAUAACAUUGUUAAAGAAGAAGGGCUUUUUACAUGAUCCUCUGCCAAGCAGUGAGUAUGCUGUUGAGAAGUUAUCUCCAGAUGAUUUUUCAAAAAAGGGUUUAGGCCAUGGAGAUAGAAUUGAAGAUAUUAUGUUGUCAGAUAGUGAGAUGGAGAUGUAUAUAGAUCUGCAUCCCUUCACCAAUGCUUCACCCUAUACUGUUCUAGAGACAAUGUCUUUGUCAAAGGCUCACACACUCUUCAGGCAAGUUGGCUUGAGGCACUUGCUAGUUGUUCCACAGAUUCCUGGGAGGGUACCGGUUGUGGGUAUUGUGACAAGGCACGAUUUCGUUCCAGAACAUGUGCUGAAUCUUCAUCCAUCCAUGGCAAGAAGCAAGUGGGAGAGGUUGAGAUUCCGGAUGCCUUGUUGGGGUAAGAUGGUCUAGGAAAACCUCUGUUACACAAGAUUUUUUUACAAAAUUCUGAUAGAUUUGUUCAAGGAUGGCACCACUUUCGAAUUGGCAGGGUGAUAGAAACCUGUUUG